CUAAGGAAAAAGACUUUUCGCUUGAUACGAACACAAUUCAAGAUGUCAACGGAGAAGCACCAGGAUACUAUCGAGCCGUCUCAGAGUCGGGAGAGUGUCAACAUUGGAAAGGUCGAUUUGGAGAAUGACGGAGAAAUUUUCAAGAGAGGAGAAGGUCUCGAGGACUUUCGUACAGUAGGAUGGAUUCACACUUCAGUCAUCUUUCUCAAGCUAAUCUUCGCCACGGGAGUUUUGACGAUACCAUCCGCUAUGUACACUCUUGGGGCUUUCCCUGGCGCUAUCAACGUCCUCGGAUGGCAAUUCCUCAACACAUACUGCGCCCAAGUACAAGGGCAAUUUCGACACAAUCAUCCCGGCUGCCAUAGUAUCGCAGACAUGGGCGAGCUUGUCGGUGGCAAGAUCGUCAAGGAAGUGACUGGAGUUCUGUUUCUUGUGGCCUUCAUUAUUGUGGGUGCAUCGGGCAUGGUCGGUGUCUCGACAGCUCUCAACGCGCUCUCCAACCACGCCCUUUGCACAAACUAUUUCUCUAUCAUUGCCGCGCUCAUGGUCAUGCUGGCAGCCAGUAUGAGAAAAUUCGAAAAGCUGGCAUGGAUCACAUGGGCGGGUUUCAUCUCUGUCUUCGUUGCUGUGUUCAUUGUCGUUGUCGGUGUCACUACCCUCGACAGACCAGCCGCUGCCCCCCAAGAGGGCGAAUUCGAUUUUGGCUACCACGUCUUCGGCAGCCCAACCUUCGCCGCUGGUAUAACUGCAGCCUCCACCAUCUUUUGCUCCGGUGCAGGAACGUCUGCAUUCCUCCCCGUGAUGAGCGAGAUGCGAAACCCAAAGGACUACAAGAAAGCCGUGAACUGGUGCAUGGGUAUCGUCACUGCAGCCUACCUCUCCUUCAGCUUGGUCGUAUACUGGUACUGCGGCAAAUGGGUGGCGUCGCCUUCUCUCGGCAGCGCAGGACCCGUGAUCAAGAAGACAGCAUAUGGAGUCGGACUCAUAGGACUAUGUGUUUCAGGCGCACUCUUCGUCCACGUGUCCGCGAAAUACGUCUUCGUUCGCAUCCUCCGCAACUCCAGGCACUUGCAAGCGAACACUAUUACUCACUGGGGAGUAUGGUUCGGAGUACUCGCUGCAAUGUCACUUGUGAGUUUUCUGAUUGCUUCGGGCGUGCCUAUCUUCAACUAUCUCCUCAGCUUGGCUGGUAGCGUUGCUUUCGCACCCUUGGCUUUGGGCUUGCCUGGCUGGCUUUGGAUUUACGAUCACGCGGAUUACUGGAAGGGAACUCUGUGGCAGAAGAUUCUGUAUGCGUUGCACGUGGUCUUGAUUCUCAUCUCCAUCUUUUUGACUAUUGGCGGUACUUAUGGUGUCAUCGUACAAAUCAUGGACGCUUACAAGGAUGGGAGCAUUGACUCUGCGUUUUCUUGCGCAGAUAACAGCAACUCUUCUUAG